AUGUCUGCAGCAAGUGUCGACGCCACUGCCUGUCCAGUCGACCAUGAAACUCGCCAGGCAUGGCUAGACCAGGCCAAGAAGGUCAAGUCCCAGGAUCCUCCAGCACCUCCGCCGCCUCAAGCAACUCCCACGCCGUCAAUACCCAACGAUAUCGACCUCAGCCAGAUUCCUAUUCAGACCCGCUAUUCACUCGACCAUGGCACAUGGCUAGCUGCCAUUCCCAGGAGCAUCAUGUCACCGGCCCAGCGCAGUGCUCUCGACACUUUCCGCGAGAUUUCGACCAUUCCCCGCGCCGUCUCAGCAGAAGGCCACGAUGCCGCCGUCAACACACACAGUCCUGCCAACAACGAGCAAGAGUCUGGUGUCGAUGAGAAGAGUGGCAACUGGGUCUACCCGUCCGAGGAAAUGUUCUUCAACGCCAUGAAGCGCAAGAACUACGACCCCGAAGCCGCCGACAUGCGCACCAUUGUACCCAUUCACAACGCUGUCAACGAGCAAGCUUGGAAGGAGAUCAAGGCCUGGGAAAAGGGCAGAGGUUCUGAGGCAUGUGGUGGUCCUCGUCUCGUUUCCUUCAUGGGCCAGUCCAAGGAACUGACCCCCCGAGCACGCUUCAACUCCAUCCUGGGCUACUCCAAGCCCUUUGACCGACACGACUGGAUCGUCGACCGCUGCGGCACCCACAUCGACUAUGUCAUAGACUUUUACGCCGGCAAGAACGAGGGCAAGCCCGGCAAAUCCCUAAACUUUUUCCUCGACGUCCGCCCCAAGCUCAACACCUGGGAAGGCGUCAAGAUGAGAUUUGAAAAGUAUUGGGGUCUGUGA